UUCACUCUCCCUCUCCAGUCAACAACUAACAAUCAAAUUUCACUUUCUCUGCGUUUUCUCAGUAACCAAACACCAAUGACAACCACACUCAGAAGAUCGAAGCGUAAGCAUAAUCUUGAGCCAGCACCAAAAAUCACUGGAAAGAAGCUUCGGUCAAACCUCCCUCGCCGGCGACGGUGCCAGAUCUCACCGGUGGUUAUUGUUUCCACUAGAUUCAAUGCUUCCAGAGAAAAUCCUUGUUUCUCCGGAAAAUCAAUGGAUUCUGAUUCUUGCUCUGACGACUUUGCCGGCGGCGAAGCUUCGUGUAACUCGAGCAGAGCUUCCGCUGUUUUCGCCGGAAAUGGAGGUUGCUCCAAAUCGAGCGAGAAAUUGCAAUGCGAAAUAUCGAGAAAUCGAAGAUUCGGGAAGCAAAAUGAAAGUGAAGUGUCGGAGUCUUCGUGUGUGGACUCCAAUGACAGAGUUCGCGAACGGAGCAGGAGCUUGAUUCUGAAGUUCAGAAGUGAAAAGGAGAGACGAAACGAUGAAUUCUCCGAAGCAUGCACGAAAUCUGAGAUCACUUGCGAGGAUGCAAAGUCCGGUAACCGAAAUUUGAAAGCGUCGUCGGAAACGAAGAACAAUCACGACGUCGUUUCGUUUAUCUGCAAGAUAAACAGAGAAUCGGAAUUAGAAUUCUCUCAAGGUUCGAGAAACCACCGCGAGGAUGAUAGUAACUGUGUUGAUUUGAUAGCAAAAUCGAAGAUCAAUCAAAGUACGAAUAGCUCCGAUCUCAAUUGCACGGAGCAAUUGCGAUUCUCAUAUUCCAACGAAGACGAAGAUGACGAAGACGAUGAGUCAGAGUACUAUUCGAGUCAGGGAACUGUGCUCUCCGAUCUUCGCUCAGAGAUGUUCAGCUUCCCUGAGUGUUCAGAACUUGAGCUUUCUGAUUACACUCCGUCGCUAUUCAUUGAUUCAGGAAGCCAAUUCUCGCAGGGAUCCGUUGGUGAAACUCCUUCUCCAACUCACUCGUUAUUUCUUCAGUUCCGUAACGAGUUCACCACGCUAAUUAUAACUUCUCCAUUCAACAAUAAUUCUUCCAGCGUCAAAGAUGAGGUCGUUCCUAUUCAUUCCAAGUUUGUGAAGUUCGAUGAUUUGGACGAAGAAGAAAGCUACCUGAUGCUGAGAGAGAGGGAGAGGAAGCAAGUUCUUCUGUGGAAUUAUACAGAUAGCUAUUUUUCUACCACUGAAUUCGGGGACCUCGUGAUUCAGCAACGCUCUCAAAUGGUACACUGGAUCGUUGAGGUUAGUUUUUUUUUUUUAACUAAGAAAUUUUCCAUAAAUGGGCAGCAAUCUUAUCGAAAACAGCUUCGGCAAGAGACGAUGUUUCUUGGAGUCAGCCUCCUUGACCGUUUCUUAAGCAAAGGAUAUUUUAAAGUCAAGAGAAACCUUCAGAUUGUUGGGAUCGCUUGCCUCACGUUAGCCACGAGGAUCGAAGAAAACCAGCAAUAUAGCAGAGUGGAGCAAAAGAAUUUUUAUAUUGGAAGUAAUGUGUACAGUAGAUGCGAGGUGGUUGCUAUGGAAUGGGUGGUGCAGGAAGUGCUUAAGUUCCAGUGUUUCAUUCCGACCAUCUACAACUUCUUGUGGUUCUACUUAAAAGCUGCUAAAGUUAAUGCAGCUGUGGAGAGGAGGGUCAAGUCGCUGGCAGUUCUGGUACUAUCAGCUGAGGAGCAGCUAUGCUACUGGCCCUCAACAGUUGCUGCAGCAAUUGUAAUCCUGGCUUGUCUCGAAGUGGAUCAAAAUGCCUUCCACAGAGUCAUAGGGAUGCACGUAAGAUCAAAAGAUGAGAAUUUGCAUGAAUGCAUGCAGAGCCUACAGUGGUUAAUACGCUAUCUAUGACAACAUUCUAACUGGCAUGGAGCAACAUCCGCUGAACAAUUCAGUUUUUUACGAUUGUUCCCUACCCAUCUGAAGAAAAAUGGCAUUCAGAUACCGGGUUGAUUCUUAAUCAGUAUUAAAUAAAUUCAUUUGUAUCCCUACCUGAGAGGAAGGGAACUCCAUUAUUUUUCCCAUGUAACUAUAUUGAUUGUUCAAAAGUGCUAAUAGGUGUAAUGACAAAUCAUACACACAUUUUUUUUUUAAAGCUGUGAAAACCUAGCAACGGGAUACCCUGCUCCUAACUAUUGAUGGCUUAAAAGAUAUAUUACAGUUAUACAGAAGUUUAUCUCCUUGCAUUAUAGAACCAGUGAACAACUGGACCAUUCUUUUAUAAGAGAAGAUUGACUUUUUUGCCGCUUCCUUUGCAAUAUUUUGCAAUAUAUAUGUUCACUUGAAUUUUAAUUACACUGCAGUAAAGCACUACUGUCUCCAAAAUGAGGUAAAUGAAGAGAGGAACAUCAAAGUGAAUUUCUUCCAUUGUUUAAGAUAUCACCAGCUGCCAAUAGGAACAUGUAAUUUGACUUAAAACCUGCCCAAU